AGCCGGUCAAGCCACGAGCCGGCUCAACCUAGUUGCGUCGAGACGUCUCCGGGGUCAUAUCGGUGCCAAUGACGCUGAGGGUGCUGCUGGUCCUUGGCUGGGCAGCUUCCGUGAACGGUGAAGGAUGCGCGGUGCCCAUGACCUUUCCACAGAGCUCCACUGUGACGAGGUCCUUUUGGUCGCCCAACGCGAAGGUGGACUUCUCUCCGAUGACCUUCAUUCACACCGACGGCUACUGUCGCAAAGGGGAGUCCUGGCCCCACGACCCUGCUUUGCAGACCAACGUCGGGCAGGUCCAUGGAGCACCGAACAACGCGUUUGGGGACAAGCUGUGGUUUUGCUUCGAAGAGCCUCGCUCGGUCAUCGGCUGCAUGGCCGAGUGCGAGGCCCGUGACUUCUGCGGAUCCUUCGACCGCGGCACGGUGCCGCAGUCAGAGUGUUGCCUUUUCUACAAAGGCAACACAGGGGACGGUGAAGCACAGCGCGAGUGCUUUGUGAAGAAGACGUUGCCCAACGAGCUGCUCCCAGCGAACCACUUAUCAGGGACCUCAGUCGGAGUGGUGCCUGUGCCCUUCAUUCGCUACUUGAAGCUUACCUCCAACAAUGAGGGCCUCAAUGCAGAUAGUCAGCAGGGAUAUUGCCCUUUUUGGACUUGGUGUGGCUUCGUCGUCAAGGACUGCUUCGGGGGGCUCCUCUAUGAUGUGGUGCUCCAGAGGACCACUGACAUGGACGCCUCCGGCCAAGAAAUGUUAGGGACCUCCGUCCUCGCCUACGUCGUCAAGAACGCCGCCGGCGACAUCUUGGGACGCACGGCCAAGCUCACCGACGGUUCAGAGCCAAUCCUCAUCUUCAACAAGGACAACCAGCCGGUGGCAGUCAUGGUCACGCCGGCCGGCAUUCUGAUGCGAGCUCUCUUCGACAUGACGUGGUAUGUGAACGUAUUGAAUCCGGACAUCCCAGUGCAGCAGGAGCCCAUGACUGAUCCCAGGCUCUUGACCUUCAUUGUCACCUACCAAUUCAGGGGCCUGGGCUUCUUCGGCACCUUUGUCACCUUGCUCAUCUUUUUCCUCGUCCUCUCGGUGGUGUGCUACCUCCUCUACCUGCGCUUCUACGCCUCGGCCUGGCUGGGCCCGAGCAGCCUCCGGCUCUGGCUGUCGGAAUGGUGCGGUUGCUGCUUCCCCAAGCGUUCUCAGCUGUUGAUCGACCACGAGGGCUAUGCGUGCUGCGGCGGGCGAGGAAAGCCCAGCAAGUGGAGCACAGAGAUCAACUCCCUCACGCCCAUUGAGUAGACGAAAACCACGCCAUGGACGUUUCCACGUGAGUCAGCUGGUGAGUGGCUGCAAUCGGAAAAUCGGCAUCCGCUGCAGGUGUGGCUAGACUAGUCCCA